ACUCGGUCUCUCUCUCUCUCUCUCGCGAGUUUCUCUCAUCUUCUUCCUCCAAGGAUCUGAUUGAUUCUUAACAUAUUAAGAUGGAAUGAGCAAAACCAUUUUUGUCAAUAUCUGUUAGCUCAAGUUAGUGACCUUAGCAGAGGAAAGAAACUUGCAAUGUAUACAAGGACAAUAAGAAGGAACCAGAGAUGGGGUUUUGUAUUGCAUCAAGACAAAUGCUUAGUUAGGCCACUGAUUCGUGACCACACCGUUUCCCAAUCUUAUAGCCAAUUGCGUCGGUUUAGUUCUGAAGGUGAUGGAAGCAAUGCUAGUGAGGACAGCCGUUUCCCUCUGAAUAAAGAAAAGACGGAAAAAGGGAAAAAUGUGUCUGGUGUUGAGCAUUUCGAUUCUCAUGCUCAACUUGGAGAGCAAGACCAAAUAGAAUGGCUCAACAAUGAGAAGCUUGCAAGUGAAAGCAGAAAGGAGUCACCUUUCCUUAAUAAACGAGAAAGAUUGAAGAAUGAGUUCUUGCGGAGAAUUCAACCUUGGGAAACUAUACAGCUCUCUUGGGAGUCUUUCCCUUACUACGUCCACGAACACACAAAGGAUACUCUGGUGGAAUGUGUUAGCUCACAUAUUAAACAAAAAAGUAUGACUUCCAAGUAUGGUGCUCGUUUAGAUUCUUCAAGUGGGAGAAUAUUGCUCCAGAGUGUUCCAGGCACUGAGCUCUACCGGGAGAGGUUGGUACGAGCACUUGCUCGAGAUACACAAGUUCCCCUGUUGGUUCUUGACAGCAGCGUUCUUGCACCUUACGAUUGUGCUGAUGACUACAAUGAAGAGUCUGAAUCAGAUGAUGACAUUGCAGAAUCAGAUCAGUGCACGUCAGAGUCAGAAGGUGAGGAAGAAACCGAUGCAAACAAUGAUGAGACGAGUAGCGGUGAAGCAAAGAUAGAAGGAACUGACGAUGAAGAAAGAUAUUUGGAGAUUUCUAAGGAAGUCCUCAAGAAACUUGGGGCCGACAUAGAGGAUAUUGAGAAGAGAAUGUCGGAACAACUAUAUGGCUCUAGUGAGGUAUCGGAAGCUGCACCUGUUGAUCAUUGUGAUAAAGCCAAGCGGCCUCUUAAGAAAGGAGACCAAGUAAGGUAUGUUGGGUCUCCUAAGAAGGACGAAGCAAAGCAUAGGGUCGUAUUGGGGAAGAUUUCUACAUCUGAUGGUCAAAAGAGUGCUUUUACCGUUAUUCCUGGCAGGCCAUUGUCUAGUGGACAACGUGGAGAGGUAUAUGAGGUGAGUGGGAACCGUGUUGCUGUCAUAUUUGACUAUGGUAAUGAUAAAACAACAGAGGGAAGUGAGAAAAAGCCAGCAGAGCAGCCCCAGAUGUUACCUAUCCACUGGGUAGAUGUGAAAGACGUGAAGUACGAUUUGGAUAUGCAGGCAGUUGAUGGCUACAUUGCUAUGGAAGCUUUAAAUGAGGUUUUGCAAUCCAUUCAACCACUUAUAGUCUAUUUCCCAGACUCGUCACAGUGGUUGUCUAGAGCUGUGCCUAAGACGAGACGAAAGGAAUUUGUAGACAAAGUUCAGGAAAUGUUUAAUAAACUAUCAGGUCCGAUUGUUAUGAUCUGUGGGCAGAACAAGAUAGAAACAGGCUCAAAAGAAAGAGAGAAAUUCACGAUGGUACUCCCAAACUUUAGCCGACUUGUGAAGCUGCCUCUUCCCUUGAAGGGCCUAACUGAGGGAUUCACGGGAGGGAAAAAAUCAGAGGAGAAUGAGAUAUACAAGCUUUUCACUAAUGUUAUGCGCCUACAUCCUCCGAAGGAGGAAGAUACCCUCAGACUAUUCAAGAAACAACUAGGAGAAGAUAGGAGAAUUGUGAUAUCGCGGAGCAAUAUAAAUGAGUUGCUAAAGGCACUUGAAGAACAUGAGUUAUUAUGCACAGACUUGUAUCAAGUGAACACCGAUGGGGUGAUAUUGACAAAGCAAAAAGCAGAGAAAGCUAUUGGCUGGGCCAAAAAUCACUAUUUAGCUUCUUGUCCAGACCCAUUGGUUAAAGGAGGUCGCUUGUCUCUGCCUCGUGAAAGCCUUGAGAUAUCAAUUGCGAGGUUAAGAAAAUUAGAAGAUAAUUCCCUAAAGCCCUCGCAAAACUUGAAGAAUAUUGCAAAGGAUGAGUAUGAAAGAAAUUUUGUCUCGGCUGUGGUUGCUCCUGGUGAAAUAGGCGUCAAAUUUGAAGAUAUUGGGGCUCUCGAAGACGUUAAAAAGGCAUUAAAUGAGCUGGUUAUUCUUCCCAUGAGAAGGCCAGAGCUUUUCUCCCGUGGAAAUCUCUUGCGGCCCUGUAAAGGAAUAUUGCUUUUUGGUCCUCCUGGAACGGGUAAGACGCUCCUCGCUAAGGCGCUUGCAACUGAAGCUGGAGCAAACUUCAUUAGCAUAACUGGCUCAACACUUACAUCAAAGUGGUUCGGAGAUGCAGAGAAGCUCACUAAGGCUCUCUUUUCCUUUGCCACGAAGCUAGCACCUGUAAUUAUUUUUGUUGAUGAGAUCGACAGUCUGCUAGGUGCUCGUGGUGGCUCUUCCGAGCACGAAGCUACCAGAAGAAUGAGAAAUGAGUUCAUGGCAGCUUGGGACGGGCUCAGGUCAAAAGACAGUCAAAGGAUCCUCAUUCUUGGUGCCACCAACCGUCCCUUUGAUCUUGAUGAUGCUGUCAUUCGUCGUCUACCAAGACGGAUAUAUGUCGACUUACCAGAUGCCAAAAACCGGUUAAAGAUACUGAAAAUAUUUCUAACUCCAGAAAAUCUGGAAUCCGGUUUCCAGUUUGACAAACUUGCAAAGGAAACUGAAGGUUAUUCCGGUAGCGAUCUGAAGAAUCUAUGCAUUGCUGCUGCGUACAGGCCUGUUCAAGAACUGUUACAAGAAGAACAAAAGGGUGCAAGAGCGGAAGCGUCUCCUGGUCUACGGUCGCUGAGUUUGGAUGACUUCAUUCAGUCUAAAGCUAAGGUGAGCCCAUCUGUGGCGUACGAUGCGACGACGAUGAAUGAGCUGAGAAAAUGGAAUGAGCAAUACGGUGAAGGAGGGAGCAGGACAAAGACUCCUUUUGGCUUCUAAAGAAAAAUGUUAGUUUUUUGGUAGAUCAAAGUGUUUUCAUCUGUCUUUUACUUUGUGAUCAUAUUGUAACCCUCAGUGCUAUAUCUUUUUGGUAU